AUGGGUUAUUUGGAUGUGUUUUCAAUAGUUGUGGUGUUAACCCUCUUUCUUGGUUCUUGUCUUGCUUAUGAUUUCGCAUCAACAGUAUUCGUUGAUAAGUCUGGCAAGGGACAGUUCACCACCAUUCAAGUUGCAAUUAAUUCGGUUCCUUUGGGGAAUAACAAGUGGUUUCAUAUCGUGGUUACUCCGGGUAUCUACUACGAGAAGGUAUCAAUUCCAGCUGAGAAAGAAUACAUAUUUUUAGAUGGAGGUGAUUCAUCUCAAACGACAGUCUCAUGGGAUGAUAGUAAUGGCGGUGCCAGCUCCACAUUCAGUUCAUCUGCCAAUAAUUUUGUUGCCAAGGGCAUAACAUUUGUGAACUCGUAUAAUGUAAAACAGAGAACCAAUAUCACGCAAGCAUUGGCAAUAAUAAUAUAUGGAGAUAAAAAUGCCUUCUAUAAUUGUGGUUUUAUUGGAUACCAAGACACACUUUGUGAUUUUAUGGGUCGUCAUUACUAUAAAUCUUGCUAUAUUGAAGGUGUGACAGAUUUUAUUUGGGGAUUAGGUCAAUCCGUUUUCGAGGAUUGUAGAAUAAACGUCAGUGCCGAACCUGGUAGUCUUGGUUACAUUACCGCACAAGGACAAUCAUCGGAACACGAUUCUAAUGGCUUCGUGUUCUCGAAGAGUAAUGUUUAUGGAACCGGGCAAGCAUUCCUUGGAAGAGCUUAUGGAACAUUUUCUAGAGUUGUUUUCAUGGAAUCCACAUUUAGUUCAGUCGUAUAUCCUGCCGGAUGGGAUCCUUGGGUUCACCAAGGGGAAGAAAAUAAAUUAACUUUUGUGGAAGCUGGUUGUCAAGGUUCGGGUGCAAACAUUUCACAUCGGGUGCCUUGGGCGAAGAUAGAGAGUGUCAAUAAUACUUUAGAACUAAAGAACUUCAGUACCGAUAACUUUAUUGAUAAAGAUGGAUGGAUAACCGAUACUCGUUUUGAGUAA